AUGGAACAAAUGGAAGUUGAUGUUGAUAUGACUGCCAAGGCGAGUACUUCUGCUGCAGCCGCUGCUUCCGGUGAGGGUAGUAACAAAGUAUCAAAUACCGGUCCGAGUGCAACAACAUCCUCCUCUUCGAAUGUUAUGGCUGAUCCAAGUACUGUGCCGUCAGUAACCAUAUCACUACAUCCUUUGGUUAUAAUGAACAUUUCGGAACAUUGGACACGCAUACGAGCCCAGGCGGGAGAAGUUUGUCAGGUCUAUGGUGCAUUGAUUGGCAAACAAAAGGGUCGUAAUAUUGAAGUGAUGAAUUCCUUUGAAUUGAAAACAGAUGUUGUGGGCGAUGAUGUCUUUAUCAGUGUGGAUUAUUAUAUGGCCAAAGAGCUGCAAUAUAAGCAGGUAUUCAGUGAUAUGGACUUUAUUGGCUGGUAUACCACUGGAGAAUACCCCACAGAAAAAGAAUUGGCCAUACAUAAGCAAAUUUCGGAAAUGAAUGAAUGUCCAAUUAUGUUACAAUUAAAUCCCUUGUCACGCAAUGUCGAUCAACUGCCAUUGAAACUCUACGAGUCGGUCAUUGAUAUUGUUCGCAGUGAAGCAACUAUGCUGUUGGUACCACUUACCUACACUCUGGCCACCGAGGAGGCUGAACGCAUUGGUGUGGAUCAUGUAGCUCGCAUGUCAACCAAUGAUACGGGUGAAAAAUCAUUUGUUGCCGAACAUUUGGUUGCCCAAGAGAGUGCAAUUAAAAUGCUCAAGACUCGCAUUAAAAUCGUACUCAAAUACAUUAAAGAUGUCGAGGCUGGAAAGCUUGCUGCCAAUCAGGAAAUUCUACGUGAAGUCUAUGCUCUCAGUCAUCGUUUGCCGGUAAUGCAAGGCAGCGCCUUCAAAGAGGAAUUCUAUACACAAUGUAAUGAUGUCGGCCUUAUUAGCUAUUUGGGCGCCAUGACAAAGGGUUGCAACGACAUGAAUCAUUUUGUUAACAAAUUUAAUGUACUCUACGAUCGGCAAGGUUCGGGCAGACGUUUGCGGGGUUUGUAUUAUUAAAUGAAAAUAAAUUUUUUAAAUAAUAUUUACUAUGUCAAAGAAAGGUAUUUAUUAAUCACCCUAGGAUAUUCAUCAACAUGUGUCACCUUAGGUACCUCAACUCUAGUAUGGUCGACCAGACCAUAGCUGAACACAAUUUAAA